GAAGUUCUGGUAAUUAAAGCCACACAUUAUGUAUUUAAUUAACAAGGUUUAAGAAUUACUAUUGAAUCUUUAUAUGAAGUGGGGGUUCAAAUUAAUGGCGUUGAACUAGAUUUAAAUUAUCUUUCUCAUAAAACAAAGUGGGGAUCUUUGCACCAAAAGAAUUUUACACCGUAUACACCGCUGAGAGUUGGCCAAUAUUUAAAGACUAGUAGUUUCUUCUGUAAAGCACACCAAGAUAGCAGAAUUGCUUAAGUUUUUACAAGUCAAGUUAUGGGUUUGCAAUGGCGGAGAUUUUUUCCUUUUGCUCUUCUAGCCUUUUUCAUUUUCCAUGGCUUCUGUUACUCAGAGAAAGCUCCAUACAACACAUUUGUCAAAGAAGCAACUUCAGCUCCGCCAAUUUCAUAUUACGACUACAUAAUAGUCGGUGGAGGAACCGCAGGCUGUCCCUUAGCUGCAACUCUGUCAGAAGACGCAGUCGUUUUAGUACUGGAAAGAGGAGGCUCACCAUAUACAAACCCUAACGACCUAGGCAACUUCGCCACCACUCUCUCGGACACUUCUCCCACGUCACCUUCCCAACAGUUUAUCUCCGAAGACGGAGUGUUCAAUGCCCGUGCCCGUGUUCUCGGCGGCGGGAGCGUCCUCAACGCAGGAUUUUACACUCGAGCUGGUGAAAAUUACACCAAAGAAGCUUGUUGGAGUGAAGAUUUGGUGAAACAUUCUUAUGAAUGGGUGGAGAAGAAGGUGGCGUUUGAACCACCAAUGUUGCAAUGGCAAUCCGCAGUGAGAGAUGGAUUGAUUGAAGUUGGAGUGUUGCCAUAUAAUGGAUUUACGUAUGAUCAUAUAUAUGGGACGAAGGUCGGCGGGACUAUUUUUGAUAGCGACGGCCAUAGACACACGGCUGCCGAUUUGCUAGAGUACGCUGAUCCUCAGAAAAUUACUGUUUAUUUGCAUGCCACCGUGCAGAAAAUUUUGUUUACAACAAAUGAGAGGCCGAGGCCAAAAGCUCAUUGUGUGAUAUUUGAAGAUGCGUCAGGAGGGACUCACAGAGCCUGCUUAAUCAAAAGUUCCGUUAAGAGUGAGAUAAUUUUAUCGGCUGGUGCAAUUGGAAGUCCACAGUUGUUGAUGCUGAGUGGUAUUGGACCUGCCAAUCAACUACAGACACAUGGCAUCGACGUGGUGGUGGAGCAACCUUUGGUGGGCCAAGGGAUGUCUGAUAAUCCAAUGAACGCACUCUUCAUCCCUUCUCCUCAGCCAGUUGAGGUCUCGCUCAUUCAAGUUGUGGGCAUUACAAGGUUUGAUAGCUACAUUGAAUCAGCCAGUGGACUGAGCUUUGCGUAUUCUUGGGCCCAAAGGCUUUCUGCAUACUAUGGAUGGUUCACGAAUCAGGUUUUUAGUGGACGACAGCCGUCCAUGGUGACCCCAGAAGCAAUGGUUAGUGCUCUUGAAACCGUGCAAUCAUACAUAAAUUCCAAUGGAACAGUAAGAGCUGGAGUUAUUCUUGAGAAAAUUAUGGGUCCAAUCUCCACAGGCCAUCUUGAUCUCCUGACCACCAAUGCAAACGAUAACCCUUCUGUCACUUUCAACUAUUUCCAGGAUCCUCAAGACUUAAAGAGAUGCGUCCAAGGCAUGCAAACCAUUAUCGAAGUUGUAAAUUCCAAAGCCCUGUCCAAGUUUCGUUACAGUGACAUGCCGGUUCAAGGACUCAUAAACUUGAUGGUGAACGUCCCCACGAACCUGAGACCAAGGCACGUCAGCGCUUCAAUUUCCCUGGAACAAUUUUGCACAGACACUGUGAUGACAAUAUGGCAUUAUCAUGGAGGGUGCCAAGUUGGAAGAGUCGUUGAUAAUGAUUAUAAAGUUGUUGGCGUGGACGCUUUGAGGGUCGUUGAUGGAUCUACUUUUUUAAACUCUCCUGGAACUAAUCCUCAAGCCACCGUUAUGAUGCUUGGAAGGUACGUGGGAUUAAGGAUUUUGCAGGAGAGAAAAAGACUGCCGGCUGGGAAGAAGUAGAAGAUGAUAUGAUUUUUUUUUUUUUUUGGUUGAUUGUUAUUUUAGGUAUCGGUAUGCGUUGU